AUGGCUACCGAAAACUAUUUGAAUCGAAUAAGGCCAAGACGUAGUUUGGGUGGAUACCAUACGUCAUUAUCAUUGGACAAUAGACGAGCAUAUUCAAUAUCAUCAAGAAGACUUCCGCAACAUUACUUAUACGACACAAAUUCUUUUACAGACAAGGCUGUUUCUUCUUCUCCUUCUUCAUCUGUACGAUCACCUUCAACACCUAUUCCGACAUUAGUCGUAGAAUUACCAUCAUCAGAACAAGUUCGUGAACAAACUGAAUCUAUAACACAGACAUCAUCUUGUUCUCAAAUGUCUUCGCCCCAUUAUCAAUCAUCUAUUGAUUUAAUGGCAUCAACAUUAAAAUGUGAUGAUUGUCAAACACACGGCGGUCUCUUUCAAUGUUGUCAUUGUAAUCAACGUUUAUGUAUACGAUGUUGUAACAAACAUUAUAAAAACGUAACUGUCGAACUUGAGCGUUUACAUGAGUUAAGUGAUCGCCUUGUGGCAAAAAUCGUUCAUACGAAAAAUGAUCUUGAACGACAAAAAAAUGAAACACUUGAACAGUGUCACAAAUGGCGUCUUGAUACAAUCAAUACAAUUAAUAAAGCUCAUACACUUAUUAUUCAAACAAUUCAUGAUGAAUAUGAAACACUUGGAAAAGAAUAUGAAUUAUUUGUUCAAAAAGAAAUGCAACAUAUCCAUAUCGAUCAAAAUGAAUUAUUGCGUAUGAGAAAAGGAAAUCUCAGUUCAGUUUUAUCCUCUCCUUCUUCUUCUUCUUCUCCUUCUCCUUCUUCUUGUUCGUCAACAAUAGAAUCAAAAAAUUCUAUUGAUACUAUACGAAAACGUAUAGAAGCAUUCGCAAAAAAUAUUGAUGAAACAGGAAAAUUUUUAUUUCAAGUUAAAUUACCUUCAUUCGAUAUUGAUGAUAACCUUCGCGUUGAAUCACGUUUCGGUGAUGCAACACGUAGUACAAGUGCAACAUGGCAAAGUGGAGGUGAUUUACUAUCGUCAUCACUUUCUGAUCGUUCAAUUCAAGAAGAUGAAUCGUUGACGGAUGAUGUUCAAUCAGCUGAAACUGAUAUACCAUCAAGUAAUAAUAAAAAUGAUAUAAUAAUCAAUAUCAAUGAUAACAGCGAAAAAGAAUCGAAUAAGAUAGAUGAACAGGAACUUGAUAUCGAAUGUCAAACAACGAAUUCAUCUUCUUUAUCUUCUUCUUUUCAAUGUGAAAGAAAUAAUAGUAAUCCAACAUCACCUCCAUCAUCGCGUUAUGCUCUGUCGGUUGAAAAUGAUAUUGAACUUCAACAGCAACAAUUCUAUUCGCCAAGGCUUCUUGGCGAUCGUUUUGAUAGUGCAUACUGUACAGCUCCAUCUUCACCAAGUAAUUUACAACAGAAUCAUUAUUUUUCAACAUCAUCACUUCAUGAACAACCAUCAACGAAAUGUUCAUAUGCAUCAAAAAAUGAGUUCGGAUCAUUUUAUAACAAUCGUCGUCAUACACAUGCAUUUCAACGAGCACACUCACCUCAUCUUCCUACUCCGCCAUCAUCAUCAUCGUCAUCGAAUUUUCAUAAUAAUAAUAAUAAAAAUAAAAGCAAUGACAAUGAAGAUACAUAUCGUAGUGUUCAGCAUGUUCAAUUGAAGCGUGAACAAGAUGGUUCACUCGAAGGUAUAGCUAUUCAAGUCGAACAACGUCAUAACACAGAAGGAAUGAUGGAACGACGUCACACGUGUAUGCAAGCAUGUGGAGUACGACGAAGAACCACAAUUAUAUCUCCCCGAUCUCCAACAUCGUCGACAUCGAAUACCGAUGGAUUUUCUUAUGAUCAACCAUGGCUGUAUUAUCGGGCUAAUUCGACCCCUUCGUUUACUCAAUAG